CGAGGACGUCGACUCGGCGAUGUUCCACUACCCGACCUCCGAGGUGGUGGACGCCAAGUUGGAGGCGAUGCGGGACGCGGUGCGGCAGGCUGAGCUGGACCGGGCGGCGCCGAUGCUCCAGGCGGCCGUGGAGGCGGAGGCGCGGGCGGCGGCAGAGCUGCGGUGCGUGGCGGCCGCGGCCGUGGAGGAGGCGGCGGCGGCGGCCGCCCGGGAGGUCAUUGAGCGACAGGCCCGCUCUCCUCAGCGAGCUGAAGGUGAGAUCUGUAUUGAAGCGACCCCGGAGAUCCUGGAUACCAACCGGCAGUACGAGGCUGCGGUGCGAAUACAAGCAAGCCAACGUGAGCGCAAGAGCAGACGAGAUGCUCGUGUUAAGCGACAUGCCAGCUCUCCCCAACCAGCUGGGCACGGGAGAUGCGCUGAGUGGGUCUCCGAGGCUGUGGAUGACGACCAGCAGCACCAGGCUGCCGUGCGAAUACAAGCUAUUCAACGUGGACGCAUCGGCAGACGAGAUGUUCUCUUUGAGCGACAUGCUUCAUGUCCCCAGCCAGCUGAGCACGGGCUUGUCUCGAAUGUGAUGGCCAUCGACCAGCAGCAGCAGGCCGCCGUGCGGAUACAGGCGGCCCAGCGCGGGCGCAGGGACCGGCGCGACGUCUGCCGCGAGCGCCGGGCCUCGCCGCCCCUGUCGCCCGCGCUGCGGGCGGGCGCGCCGCCGGUGGCGUCAGCACCGCUGAUGAGCCGGGACGCCGACCAGCAGCACCAGGCUGCAGCGCGAAUGCAGUCGAUCGAGCGUGGACGCAACAGCAGACGAGAUGUUCGGUGUGGACGGCAUGCCUCAUCUCGCCAGUCAGACGAAGAUGGCAGAGAUGGUGAAUCGACCCUCGACACCGUGGUUAUCGACCAGCAACACCAGGCCGCGGUGCGGAUACAGGCGGCCCAUCGGGGUCGCAGAGGCAGGCGAGACGCUCGCGCCGAGCGGCGUGCCUCGUCCCGCCGUCCAGCCCAGGGCGGGGGGGCUGCCGACGUGGCCCCGGAGGCCCAGGACGUCGACCAGCAGCAGCAGGCGUCGGACAGCGACCGCGAGGACGAGUGCGUCAGCGGCUCCCUCGCCGCGGCGCUGCUCGACGAGCUGCUGGGCGCGGCCGCCGAGGCGCGGCAGGAGCGCCCGUCCGUCGAGACGGUCCAGGCCCUCACCAGCCGCUGCGCCAGCGUCGGGACGUUGCAGGGGGGGUCCAGCGCCUGCGACGACCAGUGCGGCAGCGACGUCGUCGGGGAGGUGCUGCUCGACCAGCUCCUGCACAUCCUGGCCAGCCAGGGGGAUGCGCCGGCGCCGUGACCAUCGCGUGCUGGGGCGACUCGCUUGAAGUGCGCAGUGAGCGCCCGUCUGUCAGGCCUGCGAGGUUGGCAGCCUGUUUCACCCCACUCUGCUGCCAGGUCUGUCCUCGCAGUGCUCUCGCUGCCUAUCUGUUCCCGGACCCUCUCGCGAGGACGGGGCCAUCAGCUCUGCUGCCGACGGUGCAGGCGCGCUGGCACUGUGAACAUCGCGUGCUGAAGCGUCUUCCGACUUGUUGUUACGGGCAUGCAUCUCAGGACCGUGCAGUCGCCGUGCGCUUUUCCCCACUGCUGCCACCAGGUGUCCUGGCAGCUGCUGGUCUGGUCUCGGGCAGUCUGCCGGUGCCUGCUCGCCUCUGCUUUUCCGCCCUCGGUUCCUUGUGUUCUAUCGCUGCUGCCACCGCCUGCCUUCCUCGCGGGGGGCAGUCUCGCCACUGCAGCGGCCUGCGGUGAAAAGGCCCGCAUGCCAUCCAGCUCGUCCUCGCUGCGGCGAAUUUGGCGCCUUGCAGGCGCAAAGGGACGCUGCAUCGUGUCCUCCUCCUCCUGUCCAGCCGCACGGGUGCGGCAAGCCGCGCGGGGCGCGCCACAGAGGACGUGUGCGCCUGGUGUCUGCGCGCGUGCUGGCGCGGCCGCGAGAGCGCGUGGGCGCGCGAGAGCGGAAGGAGCUUCGCGGCUCGGAGGUGCGCCGCCGUGUCCGUCGUCUGUCUCCCGAGCGCCCGCGCGUGCAUGGCCCUGUCGUGUGCAGUGGCGCAGAAUCGAAGCCUCACCGCCGCGGCAUGCCUUCUGGGAGGCGCCCACGCGGCCAGGCGUGGGGCCAAAGUCUCUGGGGG